AAAAAGGAAACUCUCUGAUCAUACUUAUACAAAUAGGACUAGGAGGUCAUAUAACAAACGUAAUUCAGGUUGUACUAGGAAAGUACUAGUAGUAUAAAUACAGCAUUGUUAUCUGCUCUUUAUUCAUUCAUCGUAAACAAAAAAAAAAGCAGCUUAACCAGAGUAGGAGACAAGAAAUCAACAACAAUCAUGAAAGGUUUCAAUACACCACGAAAAAGUCAGGGGAGAGACUUGUUUUAUCAAACUCCGACUAAUUGUUCGGAUGAAGAGAUUCAACGAAACAUCGAGUUCUUGAAGAAACUGCAAGAGGCAGAUGAUAAGACACUCUACCGUCGAUACGAAGGUAUGAUGCAGCGUUUUUUUUUUUUUUUGAUGCAGCGUUAUCUAUCAGGCUAUAUAACCUACAUCCAACUCAAACGCGGACUGGUUCUCCUUCUCCGUGGACACAGAGGUUUGAUCAUAGAGUUUCGUCAGCUUUUGUCGUAUUUUGCUUCUCCUGUAAGAAACAACUCCGAGAAAGAGAACCCAAAAUCUGAAUUGAAACGCACGGUUGCAUUCUUGCACAAGAUCGAAGCGUUGGGAGAGAGUGUUUACAAGGCUUUUAUGGAUGCGUUAGGGUUUAGUGGUGAUAAAGAGAUUCUGAUUGAACAACUCAGCGAAAUGUUACGCGGUCACGAGUCUCUAAAAGAGGAGUUUGAAACGUUCUUGAUCGAUAACCGUUUACUCAAACGCAAACGCGAUUGCGUGAAUGUCACGCCAUCGUAUUGUAUUAGACCUGAAGUUGAAAAGGGAUCUUCCUCUGGUCCGGUUUUAAACGGAAAAUACUACUCUGGAGGUUCAUAUCAUCCGGAGGACUCAGUGGAGAAGAACAGUGAGGCUUGUCGCUUCGAAAAAUGAACAGGUUCCAGGACAUGUUAUUGCAUGACCUAGAUUCGUUUAUUGAGUUUCGGAAGGUCCCGAAGGAUGACUUAAAAGAACAAGAAAGCUCGUGAUAAGCCGCAGGUAGGAUUGAGUAGAGUCUUAGAAUGUUUAUGCAACGGUAAGAAGGUUCCACACUUCCAACAGAAUUUUAAGACAGGUCCGAAAGGUGCAGCGAAAGCUAUUAGGCCUUCGUUAGAGUAUAAUGCCAAAGAAAAUAGGGUUCCAGGAGUCUAUCGUGAGAAUAAAGUAAACUAGUGAAGAUGAUUUUAUUUUAUUUUAUAUUAGGGCAAUUCUCUCAAAUAGGGUUUUUCAAAUUUUUAUCACGAAAAUAGU